GCCUACGACAGGACCAGCCAUGAAGUUCGCGGUAGCUGUACUGGUGUGUUUGGCAGCGGCUGUGGUUGCGCACGCCGAUCCCGAACCACACUACUUCCGUUCUCCUUACUAUUACUAUCCUCACUAUUAUUCUUACCAUCACCAUCAUGUCAAGCCUCUGAAGGGCGAUGGAGUGGCCAAGCAUCCAGGUGGUGGCACCUCUUUCGUGGCUCCUCGAGUUCACGGUCUCAAAAAACGCUCAGCUGACCCCAUGCCGGAAGCUAAUCCUGAAGCAGCAGCUGACCCUGAACCAACAGCUGACCCUGAUCCUUCCAACAGCUACAGCUACCAGGUAGUCAACCAUGGCCAUCCUCACUACGGCUACCAUCAUGGUUAUCGCUACCCCUACUAUGGCUACCGUUACAGCCAUCACUAUGGUUACCCUUACACCUACCACAAGCACCACAAGAGAUCAGCCGACCCUGAACCCGAACCUGAACCUCAUUACAGUUAUUACGGAUACCCUCAGUACUACAAAGGAUAUUACGGUUAUCCUCACGCCUAUCCUUACUAUGCCGGCUAUCGCUACCGCUACCGUGGAUAAGGAGUAUGUCAGACUUGGAUUGCGGUAAGCCUUGUGAUGGCCCUUACCAGAUGUGUCUGAUAGUCCGGUUUGCUCACACCGGUUUUUCAGGCACAGAAAGGACGGCGAUCACUUCGAAGGCUACACUGAGGGACUAUCCCCGGAAAAAUUGUAUUUGCAAUCAUUAAUAUGAAGAUUAAAGAUUAGUGUAGAAAUAGCUAAAUUUCUUCACCCUACUA